AUAGUUGAAUGGGGGUAGCAUAGUGAACGGAUCACUUUAUACAUAUAUAUUUAUAUACCAAUCAAUCUUCCAUUCCCGAUUCCCGAUUCCAAACUGAAGUUAGUGGAAAGAUAAGGGUGUCAACCUCGUUGUUAUUUCAGUUUAUUCAGAGAUAUGAGCGGACAUUCACCUGCUUAUUAUGGGGCGGAUGCGGUGCGUCGUGUGCUCACCUGGCCGCUGGUCAAUGCUGCUGUGGAGUCAGCGUUAAAGGCGGUGGUCAAGGACCAGGGAUCAGCCGGAUCCCCAUUUGCCAUCCAACCGAAUAGGAUUUUUACCAACUGCGGCGAUCGUAGCCAGGUGCUGUUGACCAUGCCCGCCUUCGUGGGAAACUACAGUCUCGGUUUGAAGGAGGAUGCAGCCUCAUCCCGCUCCACGCUCGCCUGCAAGUUGGUGACCUCCUUCAGUGGGAAUCCCCAAAGGCAGCCCCCGCUGCCCAGUGUCCAGGCUCAUGUCCUGCUGUUCAACAAUCAGACAGGCGAACUGUCGGCCAUAAUGGAGGGCACGGAUCUGACCACUUGGCGCACUGCUGCCGCCUCCGUGCUGGCCACCAAAUAUCUCUACUUUCGGCGUUUCGGUUCGCAGGCGGAGGUGGAAAGGGAUAUCAACGUGGCUGUUGUGGGUUGUGGUGUACAGGGUCAGAUCCAUGCCGCCGGCUUUUGUGCCAAUUUCCGGGUGAAACAACUGACUUUGUACAAUCGCACGGAGGCUAAAGCUCGGGAUCUGGCCGAGCAACUCAAUCGGGAACUGAGUUCCCAGGACCUACCGAAGAUAGUUGUAUGCUCAAGUUCGGCAGAGGCCUGUCAGGAUGCUGAUGUCAUCUGCAUAGCCACGUACUCCCCGGAUGCACUUGUCCAUGCCAAGGAUUUGAGAAAGUCCAGUGUUCAUAUCAAUGCUGUGGGCGCUGGAGAAGUUCACUUUGGUGAGGUGGCCUCCGAUGUGUAUCGCCAGGCCAAGGUCUAUGUGGAUUGCCAUGCCAAUGCCGAGGCCGAGUUGAAAGGUCUACCCGCACCCAUUGCCGGCGAACUGGGAGCUGUGAUCCUCAACGCCGAUUAUCCCGCACAGUCGGGCAUCUCCAUUUUCCAAUCAAUGGGAAUGGCUGCGGAGGAUGCCUGUGUGGCACAGGCAGUGCAGCAAGCGAUCCAGCAGGAGAGCUCCUAGCCAGGAGACUCAAUACCUUUCUCGUGUGUAUAUAUAAGUAUGCGUAUAUUAGAAAAAAAAAUAUAUAUAUAUGAUUUUGG